CCUCAAGCGAGAAAGCAACGGCUGCAACGUCUCCCAUGACCUUGACGUAGAAUGAGCAGCAAGGGCGAGAAGAAGGAACUGGAAGUUCUUUGCCGCUACGUGCCUCGCAUUGUGUUGUCCCAAUACGCGCACUCCCGCGUAGCCCUCACGGAGCCGGCCACGCAAUCGUUCACCGCGGUGAUGGCGCUGUUCGACAUUUCAGGCUUUUCCACUCUGGCGGACCGACUCACGAAAGAGGAGAAUGUGCGACCUGUGAUCGCCACUGAAGCCACGAAGCUGUCGACAAGCAACGGCAGCAUUGCAAAACCCAUUGACGUCAGUCGGUCCGCCAGCCAUCGGCGCAUCAGCCACGCCAGUGGCGGUCGCAUCGACAGCGUCCAUCAUCUUUCCCAACGCUCCGAAAACGAGAAGCGGCAUAACCCGAACAACUCGUUCUCCCUCAAGGAGAAGCGUCCAACCAUGGGUGCCAACACAACCAACGACGUGGGACUCAUGCGCACUGGCAUGGCCAUCGAGCAACUCACCAAGACCCUCAACCAAACGCUAGCGCCUGUGAUUGACAUUAUCACGCAAUACAACGGCGACAUCAUCAAGUUUGCGGGAGAUGCCAUGAUUGUCAUGUGGCAAAGCGACCACAUCCCACUCAAAACACCGACCGGUGGUGGCGCGCCAACAACCAGCCCGCCAGUUGACCCCGGAGUGCUAUUAUUCACGGCCAUUUCGUGUGCGUUGCAAGUGUUGAAAGCGCUUGACACGUCGCAGGACGUCAAGCAAACCCACCCCCCACCCCCCACCACCGUUAGCGGGGGGCUGGGGGCCCUUAAAAUGCACGUGGGCAUGGGAUUUAGCACCGUCACGGGAAAUCACGUGGGGGGGCUCUUGAAUCGGUGGGAGUUCUACGUCGCCGGGGCUGCCACCGGUCAAAUGUCCAUCGCAGAGGCCGACGCACACGCAGGGGAGCUCGUCGUGUCCGCCGAAAGCUACCGCGCACUGGUCGAGUCCAGCUCUGUACAGCCUAUGCACAUCAUGGCAGAGGCGCUGCCCACGGGCAAUUACAAGAUCACCGACCUUCGGAGCGACGCAAAUGUCAAGUACACGCUGCCGACGCUGCGCCUGGGCCGGGACUUGAUUCCGCUUGUCAAGUCCUACGUGCCAGGCUGCAUCGCACUGUCGCUGGGCAAAGGCAAAAUUGUCAUCAACGGCAUGCGCUCAAUCACUGCGAUCUUCAUCAAGUUCACGGGUAUCCUCGACAUUGCCGACGCCACCGAGCAGCUCCACGAAGUCCACCGAUGCCUUUGCGCCGUGCAAGACGCGGCGUAUCGAGUGCACGCUACGAUUCGCCAAUUCCUGAUCGACGACAAGGGCGCCGUAGCCAUCGUGGUCGUGGGCCUACCUCCGUUUUACCACGAGAACAACGCAUUGCAUGGGAUUCGUAUGGCCCUGUAUUUGAAAGAAAAAGGUGUCCAAGCUUCCAUUGGGAUCACGUCAGGGCCGGCGUUCUGUGGAAGCAUUGGCAGUGCUGUACGAGCAGAGUACGCAGUGGUGGGGGACGUGAUCAACCUCGCUGCGAGGCUCAUGUCGAUGGCCCAGCCGGGUGAAAUUCUCUGCGACGACACGACACAUAUGGCCACGUUAACUCGGUUUGAAUUCGACAAGGGCACGCAUGUGAUGGUCAAGGGAAAGGGCGACUUCAUCGAGGUGUUCCAAGUGUUCCAUGACGCGGUGGGCGCAACGUCGACAGAGCUGACCCCGCCGGGGGAUUUCUUCAUGCCGUCCGACGUGUACGACGUUUUGAUCACUCGCAUUCAAGAGUUUGGCACUCGGCCCGGGUACCCCACGAUGCCUGGUGCCUCCGGCCCCGACACGUGUCAGAGCAUCGUGCUCACAGGGGCGUCGGGGGCUGGCAAGACGACGCUCUUGCGCCACUUGGUCAACGUCCAUCCGAACGUGUACUAUAGCUGCGGGGACUCUGUCGAGAAAAAUACCAAACUGUUCGUGUGGCGCAAAGUGAUUGCCACGAUCGUCUUUAGCAAGCGCCACAGCAUCAUCCCCGCGCCCCCUCCACCCCCCGUCGACACGGCCCAGCCAGGCUCCCCAGUCACAGCCAACCGCCGACCGUCGACGUUGUUUCGCACGGUCACGAAAUCGCCGUCCCAGCUUCUCGCGGCCAUGCACAAAUCGUCGCUCAAGUCUCUUGGCCUCAACACCACCACGACCAACACUGACGUGGCACCACCUAUGGCCGUUCUGCCAACCCCCAAGAGUAGGUCGGACGGUUUCAGCGUGUCCGAGAGUCAGAGCCACGUCGACGACGGCAGCGAAGCGGAAGAGUCCAGCAACACAUUUAUCGCGAGCACCACCGACUUGAACUUCGGCGUCGGGCUCCAGUUUGUGCAUGCGAUUGUCCAGUCCGGCCGACUGGCGGCGGACCUUCUGCCGCUCUUGAACGUGUUCAUCCCGCACUGUUUUCCCGAGACCAGCCAUUCGCUGUCUCUGGCUCAAAACGACGAACGAUUCAUGCACGAGGUGACGCAGCUGGUCGUGGCCAUCCUCCGGGAAGCCAACGAGCGGCACCCGAUCCUGAUUGCAUGGGACGACUGCCAAUGGAUCGACGCUGCGUCCUGGGACCUCCUCGUGCACGUGCUAGGUGUGUCCCCCAACAUCACGUGCAUCGUGGGGGUCCGUCCGGACGCGCCGCCGCCGCAUGUCGAGUUCAAAAAGCUCGAGCAAGUCCCGCACACGCUUCGAUUCGACCUCCAGAACCUCUCGGCACGGGACACGUCGUUGUUCCUUAGCCACUUUUACGGCAUCGCCAUCAUGAACUCGUACCUGCUUGAGUACGUCCACGGUCGGUCAAGCGGUAACCCCGGCAGCACGAUUGCUCUCAUGCAACGGUUGUUGGAGCUUGAAACGAUCUACAUCGACUUGGAACGCGGCGUGGUCCACGUGCUCAAGGACAUCCACGACGUGGACUUGGAGAUCUCGCUGCAAACCCGGGCCAAGGUCAUGCAUCACUUCGACCACAUGAACUCGACGAGCCAGCUCGCCAUGCGCAUCACGAGCGUCGCCAUCGACUACAUUCACUUUGACGCGCUGCACUACAUGCUUCGAUCCGUGUUUGCGUUCGAGUACAACAACAGCUUCACCAACGCCCCCGACACAGACCUGAAUCACGAGUUGUUGCCAGCGUCGCUGUCUAGCCAGAACGCGUCCAUCUUUGUGCAGGCGUUGAUCGGGAUGUCCCAUGCUGAAACCCACGGCAUCGUCGCGCUGGACCACCACAACGAAACGAUUCGAUUCACGUCGGACGACAUGCGACUGGUCGUGUACAACGUCAUGCUGCCAUCGCAGCGCGAGACCAUCCACCGCGUGUUUGCACUCUGGUUUGAAAACGAAGUGCCCGUGCACCGCAUCCCGCGGUUCCAGCACUGCUACCACCUAGCGUACCACCUUUCCCGAGCCCACAUGUACAACCAAGCGAUGCAUUACUUUGCCAAGGGCACUGAAGAAGCGCUGCUCCGGGGGGUGUCGGAGUUUGCACUCAUGUGCUUGACGUCGGCGGGGGCGGUGCUGCUUCUCAUGGACACGAGCCACAGCCGCCACGCCGCGCCGCGGGGACUCAGGCGUACGUCUAGCUCGCGCGCAAUGCACGGCGGCGGAAGUGACCCCGACGACAUGGAGGUGACCCUCCACCAGUGCAAAAUCGAGUUCCUCACGGGACUGGUCAUGGUUCAAAAGUCCGACUGGACGACCGCGGUAGACAACUUUAACGCCGCCAUUGCCAUCCACACCGAGUUUCGCACCCACCGCAAGCAACGCAUGUGGGAUAAACCAGCGCGGCGCGUCCGGCGGUGGUGGGAAGAAGCGUCCAACAUGUGGCGGACGACCUACGGCGGCAUCACCAAGGUGAUACCGUUGGGGGUUCCCAAGAAGAACCAUGGCAUGCAAAUCGAUCCGUCGGUCGAGAAACUGCUGGACGAAGUCGAGUCGUAUGUGCAAGUGGCGACCCGUCUCAAGACCAAGAUCCUUCGGGUGGAGCGCGAGCGAGAGAAGACGAGCACGGCCAUCCGCCUGCAAGGACUGCGGUGCAUCUCGAGCAUCAAGGACGAUUCCAUAGCCAACCUAGAAAAGACAUUUGUGCUCGUUCCCAACGAGCAGACAGCCGCCAAGCAGCCAGCGAUGGGACUGCCGUCCAACUCGACCAACACCAACCCACGUCAUCCCCGCAAAAAGUCGUCUGCGAGUACAAAAGGGGGAGGCAGUGGCAUCAGAACCAGUUCCAGUGUGACUUUCGUCGGCCAACGACCUCUACCACAACGACGCGGAAGUGAAGGCGGCGGGUUCAACGCAGUCGGAAGCAGCGUGGUCCCCGACGCGGCGCAGCAGUCCGGAUCGGUCGCGCGAAUACAAAACCACCUUACCCCUGUUAUUUAGAAACCCAAUACUGUGAAUUUAUUUGGUUAGACUUCUUUGUGCAUGUGACGAGGUUGCUGCUUGGGGGUGAGGGACGUGGCACGUUGCAUGAGGGUGGGCGUGUGGUGGCUUUUGGACGACAGCAACAGCGACGGGCUGCGGAUGGAUCCCGGCGUCAAAGCUUCGUUCUCAUACGCCAGCAGUUCUCGCUGCUCUUCUAGUUCUGGCUGCAAGACGUCGGACGCUUCCGCGGCGGCUUGGGCUUGGUCGGCGCGCGCCUGCCAGUUGACCCGGGCUAGCCCCCAUGCCAACACGACGACUUUGAACAGUUCGCCGAGGGUGUCUGCGACCCAAAAUCCGUUGAUGCCCCAGGCUAGCGUGAUGGGCAAGAGGUAGCUCAGUGGGACGUAGAUACACCACGACGCAAUGUUGUUGGCAAUGAGGUUUACGUCGGCCAUCGACAGGGCGUUCAUGGACGCCGUGAGCAGGAACCGGCCAAAAGCGACCAUCACGCAUGCAAUAAAGAACCCCAGUGCCUUGCCGCACAGCGCAAUGAUCUCGGGAUCGUUGCUCCACACGUGGAAGAGGUAGUUGCGGCCGCACACGACGAGGACGAGGAGCGUCGUGGCACUGACCAUGAUGACGCGGGCUCCUAGGAGUAGCACGCGCUUCGCUGCCGUGGGGUGGCCUUGGCCCAAGUACCGCGACAUGCGAAUCUGCGUCGAAAUGGAGAACCCGCUGACGCAUGCAUUUGCGACGCCGUAAAUGCCGUUCAGCACCGACAUCGUGGCGGCAAUCUGGGGCCCCAACAGCCCCGAAAACGCACUGGACACUGCCGCCGACGACCAAUCGACCACCGACGACAUACCCAUGGGGACCGCCAGGGACAAGAACGUGGUCACGCGGUCGCGCUUGAUGCAGUCCCACGUCCACCCGCCCCAGUACGCGACAUGGUACUUCUUCCACGCGACAGUGUACAGAAGGAAGAGCGCUAGCUGGAGGUAUGUGCUCGUGACAGUGGCAAUGGGCGACCCAAUAAACCCCAACCCUGGCCACCCGAACGCGCCAUAGAUGAACACUUGGUUGAACACGAUGUUCAGCACCAUCGUGAGCCCGCUGCAAAAUGUGGCUGGCAUGAUCACGCCCUGGGCGGCGAAAUACGACGCGCAUGCGUUGUACACGAACUGGGGAAUGAGCCCCAACGCCAUGACGCGCGCAAACGACUGGCCGUACAUGACCGUGUCCUCGUCGUCCAUGGUGAGGGCAAUCAUGUGCCCGACAAACAUGUAGUACAACAUGACCGGAACGCACGUGCACACAGCAAACACGACGGCCGUUUGGAGCCAAAUACCUACCAACACAUUGUUCUUGGCGCCGUACGCUUGUCCACAUAACGUUGGGAUCGCUUGGAUCGAGUACUGAAUGAACGCCGACGGGACGCCCAUCCACAUGCUCGCAAGCGCGACCCCCGCGAGCUGUUUUGUCCCGAUGUGGCCCUGGAAAGCGGCAUCCGUGAGGGUCAUGGCCUGGCGCACCAUUUGCCGGAGGGACAACUGGAUCGCCAUGCUGCUCAUCUCCUUGAUCUCUUGCAUCACAGGGAUCAUGGGCAAGGACAUCGUCGACGCGGUAGAGUCCUUUGACGAGGUGCUGCCGUACAUCUCAAUUGCAUUUCGCUCCUCCACUUCCUUCUUCAGCAGCGCCGAAGCUUCGUGCUUCUUGGCGGUCAUGGCUUGCAAUUUCAAAGUGAAAUAAAUGUCCGUGCCGUGGAAAGGCGUUCAACAGAGGGAUUAAAGCAGCCAAUGGCAUUGCUGGAAAUUGGACAGCC